UGGAAGCGCGCUGGUAGGGGGAAGCUGCGCGUUAAAUCCGCCCCCAUCCCAGACCGCACUUCCGAGGGGGUGGGCGAUAGAGGGGAGGUUGGGGUUGGAGCAGCAGCGAAGGGGCCCCUCCCUUGCACCUCCCCCCACCGGACUUGGUCGCGCCCGAAGUGUAACACUUUCUCUUUGUCGGAGGAGCUUGGCUGUUUCCUGUGCUGGAGCUCCGGUUGCGGUGGUCCCCGUGGCAGCCCUGGCAGACACAGGAGCGAUGGCAGCGACCGAUAUAGCUCGCCAGGUGGGUGAAGGUUGCCGAACCGUCCCCCUGGCUGGACAUGUGGGGUUUGACAGCUUGCCUGACCAGCUGGUGAAUAAGUCAGUCAGCCAGGGCUUCUGCUUCAACAUCCUGUGCGUGGGGGAGACAGGUUUGGGCAAGUCCACCCUCAUGGACACCCUGUUCAACACCAAGUUUGAGGGGGAGCCAGCCACCCACACACAGCCAGGUGUUCAGCUUCGGUCCAAUACCUAUGACCUCCAAGAGAGCAAUGUGGGCCUAAAGCUCACAAUUGUUAGCACAGUGGGCUUUGGGGACCAGAUCAACAAGGAGGACAGCUACAAGCCCAUCGUAGAAUUCAUUGAUGCCCAAUUUGAGGCCUACCUGCAGGAGGAGCUGAAGAUCCGCAGGGUACUGCACACCUACCACGACUCCCGCAUCCAUGCCUGCUUGUACUUCAUCGCCCCCACGGGUCAUUCUCUGAAGUCUCUGGACCUAGUGACAAUGAAGAAGUUAGACAGUAAGGUGAACAUCAUCCCCAUCAUUGCCAAAUCAGAUGCCAUUUCUAAGAGUGAGCUAACAAAAUUCAAAAUCAAAAUUACUAGCGAGCUUGUCAGCAAUGGGGUCCAGAUCUACCAGUUCCCUACAGAUGAUGAGUCGGUGGCAGAGAUCAAUGGAACGAUGAACGCCCACCUGCCUUUUGCUGUCAUUGGCAGCACAGAAGAACUGAAGAUAGGCAACAAGAUGAUGAAGGCCCGGCAGUACCCUUGGGGCACGGUGCAGGUUGAAAACGAGGCCCAUUGUGACUUUGUGAAGCUGCGGGAGAUGCUGAUUCGGGUCAACAUGGAAGACCUCCGGGAGCAGACCCACAGCCGGCACUAUGAGCUCUACCGCCGCUGUAAGCUGGAGGAAAUGGGCUUUAAGGACACCGACCCUGACAGCAAACCCUUCAGUUUACAGGAGACAUAUGAGGCCAAAAGGAAUGAGUUCCUAGGAGAGCUCCAGAAGAAAGAAGAGGAGAUGAGGCAAAUGUUCGUCCAAAGAGUCAAAGAGAAAGAAGCUGAACUCAAAGAGGCAGAGAAAGAGCUGCAUGAGAAGUUUGACCGUCUGAAGAAACUACACCAGGAUGAAAAGAAGAAGCUGGAGGAUAAGAAGAAAUCCCUGGAUGAUGAAGUGAAUGCUUUCAAACAGAGAAAGACAGCGGCUGAGCUGCUUCAGUCCCAGGGCUCCCAGGCUGGAGGCUCACAGACUCUGAAAAGGGACAAAGAGAAGAAAAAUUAACUCUGCUGUUUGCUGCAUGCUGCAUGAGACCCAGGGCCCUGUAAUCCAUGGCUGUGUACUGAAUAGUAUUUCCCGCUACAGCUGGACUGGACUCCAUUUAACCUUUUAAGCCAAGGUUCCUAUUUUAACUGACAGCUUCUGGGUGCCAGGCAGCUGGGUCCCCUGCCCCUGACAAGUACUUCCACUUCAAGCCCCACCUCUUCUUUUGAGUUCUGCCUCCCAGUCCCACUGGCACUGACCAUGACCUUCACCUUCUUUUUUUAUUUUUUGUUUUAUUUUAUUUUAUUUUUGGUUCCUUUCUUUCAAAACGAUCUAACAAGGCUAUGCCAAAUCCAGGCCCUUUUGCAGUGUUGAGAAUGGGGAGAGGGUUUUUCUCUUCAAUAAUAGAUAAUAAUAGAAAGUGAAAAGUAGAAAAAAUGAAAAGCAAACGUAGGCAUGCACUUCAUCUUUUCUUGUUGGCAAAGCAAGAGUGCAGCUAUGUUAUGUAUUUUUUGGUAAGUCGCUGAUUGGUUAACGGCCAGAGGCAGGUAUGAAGGGGCUGCUGCCAAAGCAUAAGCUAGUUUCUUGAAAAAUCGAAGUCUCACAGUGCAGCAUUUUAGGAGAUCCUAUGCUUGGCCGUUUUUAAAAACAAUAACAACAAUAACAAUUUGGAUACUCAGCCAGUAGCUGAGUGAGAUGCUAAGUUAGGGCAGUCAAAUCUCCUUGGGAAAGGCAUCUUAUUUGCAGCUUUGAUGUUUCCACAUCCAGUGUCACAGUUGCUUCACACCAAUCCUAAACUUAAAACAACCAAUUGGUCUCCAUCUUCCUGGGUAAUUAUUUGCGUUACAAAUAGAGUCCUUCAUUUGCAUUUGUUUACAGAUUAAGACUUGAGGCUUGAGGAGCUCUGAAAACUUCAAAAGUUUUAGAGCCACUCAGCCUUUGAGAGACUUUCAGAGACUAGGCAGGAAUUUUGUAUUAAGGGACACAUUUUGGUCCACAAGACAUAUGUGACCCAUUUUUUUCGUAAGAGGAAAUCGAGGCCCAGAGAAGUGGAGGGACUUGCCAGAGGUCCCAGCGCUAUUUCAUGGCAGAAGCCAGGCUAAAUUCAGUGUCUUCUGACUCCUGGUCCAUUUCACAAAGGGAUUCAAUCUAUUCACAUGUGUUCCUGGAGACAAGGUCUUUUGAUGCUCAGAGGAACCGAAUAGUUAGUAUUAGAGGGCCUUUGAGAUGGGUGAGUAGGGAUGGGCAAAGCAGAAAACUCCAGAGCAGCUCCCAAAAUGAGUGCUUCUGCUGAUGGUAGGGGUCACCAGCAUCAGUUAGCUGAUCAGCUUUCCUGGAAGUCUAAAAUGGGGCCCAGGCAUGUGUAUGUUUAACAGGUGCCCUAAAUGAUCCUUAUAAUCAAGAAACUUUGGUAAGCAGAAAUCUAACCCGUGCAUGAGCAUAAGGCCUUUAGAAAUUUGAUAACUCUCUGAAAAGAAAUAAAAUAGUUAUUUUAUUGGGCAGUUUUCUCACUAUAGACAGAAAAGUUUUUUUUCCUUCAGUGAAAAGGCUUUUUAAUAAGUACAACUAUUAUUAUUAUUAUUUAAAAAUACCCUAACUACUCUGUUUGCUUCUGGUGAAACCAAACCAGUCAUUAGAAGUGGU